GCAGGCGGGGGGCACGGAGGAAAGAAGGCGCUAACAUGGCGACGUCGCUCGCUACAAUCCCCACCCCCCACCAUCCACUCCUUCUCGGCUCGGGUCCCUGUUCCCUCGGGCUGCUAUGGCAGUUCCGCCCCCGCUGAGGCCUGGGUGGCGCCUGCCCUGCGGCCUUUGGAGGACUGGACCGUUAGUAUCCUUGCCAUGAAAAGUGGAUGCGAUAAGUUGUUUGCCUUAUGAAAUUCGAGUUACACGUGAAUUCUGCCAGGCAGUUCAAGGACCUGUGGAAUAUGAGUGAUGACAAACCCUUUCUAUGCACUGCCCCUGGAUGCGGCCAGCGUUUUACCAACGAGGAUCAUUUGGCUGUCCAUAAACAUAAACAUGAGAUGACACUGAAAUUUGGUCCAGCUCGUAAUGACAGUGUCAUUGUGGCUGAUCAGACACCAACACCAACACGAUUCUUGAAGAACUGUGAAGAAGUGGGUUUAUUCAAUGAGCUAGCAAGUCCAUUUGAAAAUGAAUUCAAAAAAGCUUCAGAAGAUGACAUUAAAAAAAUGCCUCUAGAUUUAUCCCCUCUUGCAACACCCAUCAUAAGAAGCAAAAUUGAAGAGCCUUCUGCUGUGGAGACAUCUCACCAGGAUAGUCCUUUACCUCAUCCAGAAUCUACUACCAGUGACGAAAAGGAAGUAUCUUUGCCACAGACUGCACAGCCCACAUCAACUAUAGUUCGUCCAGCAUCACUACAGGUUCCUAAUGUACUACUUACAAGUUCAGACUCAAGUGUCAUAAUUCAGCAGGCAGUACCCUCUCCAACAUCAAGUACUGUCAUCACUCAAGCUCCUUCCUCCAAUAGGCCAAUAGUUCCUGUACCAGGUCCUUUUCCUCUAUUGUUACAUCUUCCCAAUGGACAAACUAUGCCUGUUGCCAUUCCUGCCUCAAUUACAAAUUCUAAUGUACAUGUUCCUGCUGCAGUUCCACUUGUUAGACCUGUCACCAUGGUGCCUAGUAUCCCAGGAAUCCCAGGUCCUUCUUCCCCACAACCAGUGCAGUCAGAGGCUAAAAUGAGAUUAAAAGCUGCUUUGACUCAGCAACAUCCUCAGGUAACAAAUGGAGAUGCAGUCAAGGGACAUGCAAGUGGAUUGGGUAGGACCCAGUCAGAGGAAUCUCGAGCACAGUCAUUACAACAACCUGCUACAUCCACUACAGAAACUCCGGCUUCUCCAGCUCAUCCAGCACCACAGACACAAAACACAGGUGGGCGUAGAAGAAGAGCAGCUAAUGAAGAUCCUGAUGAAAAAAGGAGGAAGUUUCUAGAGCGAAAUAGAGCAGCUGCUUCAAGGUGCCGGCAAAAAAGAAAAGUCUGGGUUCAGUCUUUGGAGAAGAAAGCAGAAGAUUUGAGUUCAUUGAAUGGCCAGUUGCAGGCAUGUGCUGAUGUAUGUUUUAACAAUCAUCUUCCUGAGAAAAAAAAUCCUUACAUGUUGGGGCAGCUUGAUCCUUCCAUUCAGGUCUCAGGAUCAAACUGGCAGAGUCAGGAUCAGAGUGAAGUCACCCUGCUGAGAAAUGAAGUAGCACAGCUGAAGCAGCUUCUUCUGGCUCAUAAAGAUUGCCCCGUGACCGCCAUGCAGAAGAAAUCUGGCUAUCAUGCUGCUGAUAAAGAUGAUAGUUCAGAAGAUAUUUCCGUGCCAAGUAGCCCCCAUCCUGAAGCGAUACAGCACAGUUCCGUCAGCACGUCCAAUGGAGUGAGUUCAACUUCCAAGGCAGAAGCUGUAGCCACUUCAGUCCUUACGCAGAUGGCGGAUCAGAGUACAGAGCCAGCACUUUCACAGAUUGUUAUGGCUCCUCCUUCUCAAUCACAGCCCUCAGGAAGUUGAUUAAAAAUCUGUAUUGCAACAGUUUUAGAUAUUAAUGACUUUAAAGGGAAAUCAAUGAAAGACCAGUCUCCAUUUAGGAGAAACCUAUAGUUGUAAAAAUUAUUAAUUUUUUUAAAAAUUGAAAUUAAAAUUGGCUCUAAAGAUUGAGAUAUGGGAAGAUGAAAAUAAGACUGAACAAGUUUCUAGUCUCUGUGGAAAGACUUUUUUCUUUCUUCUUUUUUUUUUUUAUAAAUAUUGUUAGAUUUACUAGUUCUUUUCUGUGCCCAAUGUGUAAAGUGUGUGUAUAGUACAGUGUGAUUUAUUUCACUUUUAAUUUGAUGUUAUUAUUUUAGCAAAUAUGAGGAUAUUACUAAAUUUCCCUUCCCAUUCCCCUGUUCCUACCUAAGUAUCCUUUACCCCUCAACUGUGAUGGUAGUAUUGUUAUGUCAUUUAUACCAAAGUUCUGCAUAGUCCCUACUGACUUUGUAAUAUUAACAAGGUCAUAAAGCACUAGGCAAGAGAAAGAUAGUAACGGUUAAAUUUGCUUUUAAUCUUUUUGCCUUUUUUAUUUUGCACAUUGUGAGAGGAAGAACCAUUGGAGAAAACAUUUGCUUUAUAUUGUAUUGUGGGGCUUUAUUUGGAUUUAAAAAAUUUUUUUUUAAAUGUCAAUAUGGUAUAAGACAUACAGUACCUUUUUAUGCACAUUCUUAAACUAGAUCAGGGUCAUUAGUUUAAAGGUGUGGGGGAUUUGUUUGUUUUUUUAAAGAAAUUAAAAUGUUAUUAGUAUGUCAACCUUUAUCAUUUCAAAUCCAAAUAAUAAAAGUAUGCAGUUACCCUACUUUGUGAGGCUAAAAGACAGUAAACAUAUAGUGUAUUAUACAGGGUUAUCAGAUAUCUAAAGAUUUUUGAAAUUAACUUGAUCUUUUGUGAAUUUCAAGUUACAAGCUGAGGAGUUUAUGCAUAAUCAAGUAUGGUAUGAUCACCAGAAAAACCUAAAGUGACUACACUAGACCACUCAAAACUUUUUUUUGUCAUAGUCUUGUACUUGCAAGCUAAACUUGUACUUAAUCUUGUGAAAGCACUGUCAUCUUUUAGUAGCAAAUUUUGAUACCUUUCUCGUGGAAAAAUCAGUAUAUCUUGAAAACAAUGUAAUUAUAAUGUGGAGUAUGCGUGAGUGUGGGUGUGCACGCGUGUGCGCUUGUAUGGAUGGUUCAGUAGCUUAUGCCAGCAGUCUUUGCUUGAGUGUUUAAAGAUGCCUUCAAUGUGAUGCUGGCUAGUAGAUGAUUGCAGUUUAGAAUGUUGUUUCCGUGCGGACUUGGAUAACUAACAUUCCAUGGUGUUGUCUGUUACUGAUGAGAUGAUUGGAGGGACACUUUUCUCAUUAUCCAAUCAUCUAUAGGAUAUUGAGUUUUCUAAAUGUGCCAUUAUCUAUUCUUAUUCUGCACUUAUGUUCAAAAUACAAUACAAUAUUUUACAAUAGACAAAUUGUUUAAAAAAAAUUAGUAGGUGUAUGCUUUCAGGUAAGCAACUUUGUAAAAUAGCUAUAAAGCAUACCCAGUAGCAACUUCUGGCGUUCAGGCAGGAUUCCAUUAUGUAAAUAUAACAUGGAUAUCUGUAAUGCUUCUAUAAUAAGUUGUGUAGUUUGUUCUUCCUUCUACAUGCUACACUAUCUGCUUGAUUGACAUUUUAAAAAUCUGUAUGGAAUGUCCUUGAUGAUUCUAGGAAAAGAAUAUGCUUUAUAUAGUAAUCCAGUCUUUCUAAGGUCAAAUCUACAAAAGCAUCCAAAUUAUCUGAAUACCCCUCUGGGACUUUUAAAUGUAAAGAUAAUAGGAAUUCCAAAUAUGUGGCCUAUUAAAAAUAAUUUUAGUUGGCAAUACAGCAUCUAAAAUUUUUGGUUUUAGCUGAUUUCAUAGCUACAGUUUAAUCAGUGCAAAUAAUUUCUCAGUAAUAAUUUUGCCACAGAUAUGCAGAGAAGGAAUUGAUCUCAAAGGCACAAAAUAUGAAUUCUGCAAGCAAGUUAUAUACUUCCUAUUUUUUAUCAUAUUUUUUGUGGGUUAGGUAAAGCCUCAUUGGUUCACUCUCUUGAAUGCUUCAAAGCAUUUUUCUUUUUAUUUAUAAGUUUUUUGUUAAUAGAACUCUCACAACUGUAAAAUAAAAUGACAUAGAUGUAAGGAUAUGUAAACAAUUACUGUACUUUACUGAGGUUAGCAGAAUUUUCAUUAUAAAGCAAUCUGUAUUCAGCAAAAUGAAAACCAUUAUUAGUUGUACAAAUUCCGUUUUGACUUUAAGUAUGUCACACUACUUCUGUAAUUAACAUUUGGAGUCUUUACAUUUAAAAUGUUUCACAAACUGUACUGUUUUCUUUUACAUGCAGUUUGCAUGAGUAAAUCAUCAGAGAAUAAAGUCUAUCUUUAAAUUACA